AUGAUAAGCUUAGCUUCGUUUCAAGUUCUUCUGCUCAGUACAACAUUCUUGCUUUGGGAUUGUGUUGCAUUUCCAAACAAUGAAGUUGAAGCUUUAAUCUCUUUCAAAAGGGCUGUUUUUGAGGACCCAUUACUGGCAUUGUCCAAUUGGAACCCUCUUGAUUACAACCCUUGUGGUUGGUCUGGUGUUUAUUGUUCUAUAGCUGGAGAAUAUGUCCUAAAGAUUAACAUAUCGAGGGCAUCUUUAAAGGGUUUCAUUGCACCAGAGUUUUAUCAACUCACCUAUCUGCAAGAACUUAUUUUGCAUGGGAAUUUGUUGAUUGGUACAAUACCCAAGGAAAUUGGAUUGUUGAAAAACUUGAAGGUAUUGGAUUUUGGAUCGAACCAGCUGACAGGUCCAAUCCCACCCGAGAUUGGAAACUUAACCGGCAUUCAGAAAAUAAACCUUCAGUCGAAUGGCUUGACCGGAAAGCUGCCUAAUGAACUUGGUAAUUUGAAAUACCUUGAGGAACUUCGACUUGAUAGAAACAAGUUCAUAGGAAAUAUUCCGGAUGGUAAUAGCUCAACAUUUUCAUCAGCAAUGAAUGGAAUGUAUGCUUCUAAAAGCACAAGCGUUAUGGGAUUCUGUGGAUCCACACAGUUAAAGGUGGUAGACUUAUCGUACAACUUUCUGGUUGGGAUCAUACCUAAGUGCUUGGGGUAUUUACCAAGAUCAAGCUUUCAGGGAAAUUGCCUUCAAGACAAAGAUCCCAAACAGCGUCCUGCAACUCAAUGUGGUACACCUCGUCCGCCAAUCAAAACUCAUCCGAGAGUCGGCACAAAGCAUGGGCCUAUGGAAGAUAAGUCGAAGCACAAGUCAAAUGAUUCAAAACCUGCAUGGUUGUUAGCUCUCGAAAUCGUAACAGGAAUCAUGGUUGGUUUGCUCUUUGUGGUUGCUGUUUUCACCGCCUUUCACAAAUUGAAGCGAAAACCUUCAAUCAUUAUUCCAUGGAAGAAGUCUGGAAGUACAAGGGAUUACAUGACCAUUUACAUAGAUUCUGAAGCAUUGAAGAAUGUGGUAAGAUAUAGCAGACAAGAACUUGAGGUAGCCUGUGAAGAUUUUAGCAACAUCAUUGGCUCAUCUCCAGAUAGCCUUGUGUACAAAGGCACAUUGAAAGGUGGGCCCGAAAUUGCUGUGAUAUCCCUUUGCAUCAAAGAAGAGCACUGGACAGGCUACCUCGAACUUUACUUUCAACAAGAGGUGGCUGAUUUGGCGAGAUUAAGUCACGAAAACAUAGGGAAAUUGCUAGGAUAUUGCAGAGAGAGCAAUCCAUUUACGAGGAUGCUGGUAUUCGAGUAUGCAUCGAACGGGACAUUCUAUGAGCACCUUCAUUAUGGAGAAGGAUGUCAGUUUUCUUGGACCCGUCGCAUGAAAAUAAUUAUUGGUAUUGCUCGGGGACUGAAGUAUCUUCAUACAGAGCUUGAUCCUCCAUUUACUAUAUCUGAAUUGAACUCUAGCUCUGUUUAUCUGACUGAAGAUUUUUCUCCUAAGCUGGUUGAUUUUGAAUGCUGGAAAACAGUCCUAUCGAGAUCAGAAAAGAGUUCAGGCGCAAUCAGCAACGAAGGGGCUGUUUGUAUUCUUCCAAAUUCCUUGGAAAGACGCCAUCUCGAUAUCCAAGGGAACAUUCAUGCUUUUGGGAUUCUCUUACUUGAAGUUGUGAGUGGGAGACCUCCGUAUUGCAAAGACAAAGGCUCUUUACUCGACUGGGCCAAGGAAUAUUUAGAUUCGCCCGAUGCCAUGGCCCGUGUGGUGGAUCCUGAACUGAAACAUUUCAGACAAGAAGACCUUAAGGUGAUAUGUGAAGCGGUGAACUUAUGUAUUCAUCCGAGUUCGAGCAUGAGGACAUCCAUGAGUGAGUUGUGCUCGAUGCUCGAAACUGGAAUAGACACAUCGAUAUCGGCCGAGUUCAAUGCAUCCUCUUUAGCUUGGGCUGAACUCGCGCUUUCUUCAUAG